AUGGCGCUACCAUCACAGCCUGCUGUGACUACAGAGGAACGGAGCUCUUCCGAGUGGUCGAGUUCCUCGCUGAAGGGUGGUCGAACAGCUCGCUUCGCAGAAGCAACCAUGAUUCACUCCCCUUCUAGUCCCGGAGACAGCGGAAAGUCUCCUUUUGCCGACCCUCCCAGCAAUUCGCAGACGCCCCCUGACGUGUCUGACCUCGGCUUCGGAUAUGUAGCUGCGAGUGACCCUGCUAAGCAUGCCUCGCAUCACGAUAUCCCAGCCAAUGACCAGAAGGGCGCUCUCAAGGUUCCAGGAACACCAGGCCGGACUUUGAAUCCGUUGAGUCCAACGUUUCGAGAGGAAUUUUUCGUGGAGAAGCAAGAAAAGGUUACGGAAAAGGAAAACCAGAGAGACCUGCGCAUCAAGUUGCGUGUUCGGGUAGCCAAGGUGUUCCUUCGUUUCAUCAACCUUGGCUGCAGUAUGAUUGUCCUUACCAUCCUGGGAACGACAUUGACUGUCUUCAACGCAACGAAGUCACUGCCUGAGCGAAACACUUCCCCUCCUUGGGAAUUUGGUACAAAUCCUUGGCCACAAUAUCUGCUUCUAGCCGUUUCAUGUCUCUCCUUGAUUGCCUGCCUUGGUGUCUUCUGGGGCUACUGGAGAGGGGGACGCAGACGUGCACAGAAAUAUGCGGCUUAUUACUCGCUCCUGUCGGUGUUCCUCUUCAUCUUCCAACUAGUCAUGUGGAUUGUUGCCGCCGCAAUCUUUGAACAUUCGAAGGCUACUGGAGACGACAAAGACCUAUGGGGCUGGGCUUGUGUCCAUAACGAGAGAGAACAACUAUUUAAGGACCAAAUCGACUACGCACUCCUCUGCCGUCUGCAGGACUGGGGACUGGUCUGUGCCGUCAUUGAAAUCGUCCUCGAAGUCUUUGUCCUCGUAAUCUACGGUGUCAUUUUCUACCGCUUCUGGAGCAAGAGAAAGCUGGCCAGGUCGAUGGACCGUCGAGACAGAGCACGAACAGACCUGUACAUCGCUCAGCUCCGCCAGAACAUGGACCCCAACACACCCGGAUUUCCCACCAUGCCCAAGGCUCCCUUCGUGUCAACCUCAAUUCCUCAAGACCAGUAUUCUGCUGCUGAGAACGGACAGAUGUGCACAACCCAGUUCGCCACUCCUCCGACUGAUUCUAAAAAGCAGUCGGCGUUCCAGCUUCAGCCGCCCCCGAUUAGGGUGCAGCAGGCAUCUCCACAACCAGUGCAGAGUGAAUUCCCACCGCCACCUGCACCGGCCCCGGUUCCAAGCGCUCCUAACCAGCACAUGGGUGCAGCACCCGGCGAACGCACCUAUGAGUCUGUGCCCAUUCCCGGUGCUUAUGCCGGCCCUAUGAGUCCUAGUUUUCCGCACGGAACCCACCAGUAA